AAAAUAUCAAAGUAUAAAUAUAUAUAUAUGGAUAUCAAUAUAUAUAUAUAUAUAUUAUCUACGUAUUUACAUAUUAGAAUAUAAAAUUAUAAGGAAUAAAAUUUGAUGGGUAAAAAUUAAAAUAAUAAUAAACUAUUAAAACUCCGUCACGUGAUAUAAUUCCCGAACCAAACUAAAAAAAAAACUCUUCUUUCUAAAACCUAACAUAAUAACUCAUUAAAAGAAACUAACAACUAACUAAAGGAAACAACUAACUAAACUGGUUCCUAAACAUAAAGUCUUUUUUCGUUAGGUAGAAGGGCAAUUUCGUCUAACUUUCUCUUCGAAUUCAGAGAAUGUGCUUCUCAUGUAAGAUGUGUCUGUUAGUGUAAAAAAACAUAAAAAUGUGACUUAUAAAGUAAUGCACUCAUUUUUGUUCUAUUUUGACAAAUUUAUCUAUAUUUAUUCUGGCAAAGAAAAAUAAAAGUCAUGAUGGUAACACCUUAUAAUGCUUCUUGUGAUUUAUGUUUGAAUGUUAUUUGAAUAGCAAAACACACUAUUCUAACAUAAUAAGUUAAAUUUCUUUUCUUCUACUAGUAUAGUAUUAUACAGAAAAACAUAAGAACAAUCUUAUUGGUUGAUUCUUGAAUUUGGAUAUUUCUGAACAAAAAUAAUAUUAGUUUUAAUCUGUUUAUAUUUAAAAUUCAAUUUUUGUCUUAUUUUUUAAAAUACAUCCAAUGGAAAAAAGACAAGUGGCAAUAUGGACUUCUAAUAAAUGUGUCAGAAUUUCUCGCAGCUAGCUUUUUUCCUUUUUUUCCUAUUUUCUUUUUAAUUUUUUUUUUAAUCCUAGAUACCCAUUAGCAUUGCCAAGAAUGGCAAAAAACUACCCAUGGGAAUACAACAAUCUCCCUACAAACACCACUCCACAAGGCAGUUACUAUACCUCAUCCAAAAAAUACCUCCAAAAACCUACCCAAGCACCUAAGCAGAGGAUGAUACUUCUUCAUUUUCAAAACAACCUAGAAGCUACGCAGGUGGUCCUGCCGCCACGUAUGACUGCGUCUGCCUUCCUUUGGUCACCCCUUUAGCAAUGAGGAGAGCUCCUCUGUUGUUUGCUCUCUCUUUCUUCACCACUCUCCACCAUUCAAGUCCACAAAUUUACCCAAAAUAAGUCCUAUCUCUCCUUUGAAGUUAGGCCAGGCUUUAGGUCUAAGAACCGUUUGAGUUAUGUCAGCCAUCAUCUAAGGCAAAUAUCACCUUGUUCUGGUGAUGAGAUAUGAUACUUUCCACUGACCAAACCAAGACUUGCAGUUUUGCGUCAUGUAAGCUACCAAUCUCAGAGAAAGCCCUUCUCCCAUGAAGAAACACCUUACCUUUCUCAUUCCUUAAAACCCAAGCUCCUCCAGCCAAACAAGUUCAUUUCAUCCAAUCGACGCCAAUGUUACAUUUGAACCAACCCCUCGGAGGGGGAACCCAUAUUUUCUGGCAAGCCGUGCCAUCACCUCGUUCUUCUAAUUCCUCCUUUUGCUCCUCCACUUGCGCUAAACUCCACAUCUCAGACUCCACAAAAAAAUUUUCCACCAACUCAAGCAAACCAGAUUGUUUUCCUUCAAACAUCAGAUUGUUCCUGUUCUUCCAAAGGAACCAAGUGAUCCAUGGCAGAGCAUUACGUACCUUGCUUGGGAUUGAUUUGUUAGACCCCAUUGAGAAUAGGUGAUGAAUGUUGGCGUAGUGAGAUGUCAAAUCAAAACCGCCUGGGGGAGAUGGAACAUUCGCCAUAGCCCAAACUUGGCGCGCAACAUGACAUGUGAAGAGGAUGUGAUUGAUUGACUCUCCUUGGAACCCGCAGGCUUGACAACAAGGGUCCAACUUGAUGCCUCUCUUCACAAGCAAUUCACCUACAGAAAUCGCAUUGCUCAAGGCUCUCCAUAGAAAAUUUAAGGAGAAACCUUGAAGUAACAUCCAAUAUAUUCUAACAGAUGACAAAAAAAAAAAAGAUAUCCAUUAGCAUACUCCACUAGACCUGCUCUAAGACACAAAAAAUCUGAUGGAGAUUGUUUUAGGUAUCUCUCUGUUAUUUCUUUUCUUCUUUAAUUUUUCUUGUCGUAAGCCAAUGUGUUUAAAACUCUCUUUUUGAUGGACCACUUUUUCUGAAGCUAAUAAUUAUUUCUAUUAUUUUGUUGAGGUAAAAUUUUGUUCCUAGUGUUGAGGUUAAUAAAUAAUAAUCACACUGAGAGGAAACUAGAAGAGAGCAGUUGAGAUUUAAAAAAAAAAAAAAAAAAAAAAAGUUUUAGUUUUUUAAUUGGUCUCAUCUUGUUUGUUGUUUGUCAAAGGAAACAUCCUAAAAAUGAGCUUAAUCAAAGGAUCCCACCAAAAUACUCGGACAUGUCCCGGACAAAGACUACUUCUUUGUCUGAUCCUGAAAGUCUGGAGUUCUAGAUUUUAUACACAUUGAUGAAUUGGUCAUGUUUGAGCCUUCCUCUUCUUCUUCUUUAGGACAAAAACAUGUUGCAGAGAGCAGCGAGCAAUGCGUAUUCAUGGUGGUGGGCCAGCCACAUCCGCACAAAGCAGUCCAAAUGGCUCGAACACAAUCUUCAAGAUAUGGAAGAGAAAGUAGAGUAUACUCUUAAGAUCAUAGAUGAAGAUGGAGACACCUUUGCCAAAAGAGCUGAGAUGUAUUACCGUAAAAGGCCAGAGAUCGUUAAUUUCGUGGAGGAGGCCUUUCGAUCAUACCGUGCAUUAGCUGAACGCUACGAUCAUUUAUCUAAAGAGCUUCAAAGCGCAAACCGCACAAUCGCCACAGCGUUCCCUGAACAUGUUCAGUUCCCUUCGGAUGAUGAUGAUGAUGAAAAUGAAGAUUACGAAGGCAAUCCAAGGAAACCACAUCUUCAUCUAAUUCCCAAGGGCAGCAACAUACCUGAAGUCCCGGACAUUCCAAAGAAAGAGUUCAAAGGUCAAUCUAUGAUGUUGUCAAGAAAAGGACCAGCUUUCGCCAAGCGUGAAGCAGCGGUUGUUAGUUCAGGAUUGAGUAAAGAAGAGGGCUUGGAGGAGAUUGAUAACCUUCAGAAAGGGAUCUUGGCGUUGCAGACGGAGAAAGAGUUUGUGAGGAGCUCAUAUGAAGAGUCUUAUGAGAGGUAUUGGGAUUUGGAGAAUGAAGUGGCUGAGAUGCAGAAGAGGGUUUGUAACUUACAAGACGAGUUUGGUCUUGGUGCUGCGAUUGAUGAUAGUGAAGCUAGGACGUUGAUGGCGAGCACCGCGUUGAGUUCUUGUAAAGACACAAUAGCUAAGCUUGAGGAGAAACAGAAACAAUCUGUUGAAGAAGCGGAGAUUGAAAAGGGAAGAAUCACUAUUGCCAAAGAGAAGUUUGAUGCAUUGAGGAACAAAUUUGAGAAACCGGAAAGUGAGAAUCAUGAUGAGCUUAUUGAGACAGAACAAGAAGAAGCUGAUGUAGUUCAAGAACUUGAAGCUGAUGUGGUUCAAGAACUUGAAGCUGAGAGGGAAGAUUCAAAUGAGAAUCUUACUGUUGUGAAGCUUGUGGAGAAGAUUGAUGAUCUUGUGCAUAGAGUUGUUUCAUUGGAGACUGAUGCUUGUUCUCACAUUGCAUUGGUGAAGACAUUAAGAUCAGAGACAGAUGGGUUACAUGAACAUAUCCGCGGUCUAGAGGAGGACAAGGCGGCUCUUGUUUCGGAUUCCGCUGAUAUGAAACAGAGGAUAACCGUUCUUGAAGACGAGCUGAGUAAAGUUAGAAAGCUGUUCCAAAAGGUGGAAGAUCAGAACAAGAGUCUACAGAAACAGUUCAAAGAAGCUAACUGGACUGCUGAUGAUUUAUCUGGAAAGUUGCAAGAUGUGAAGAUGGAUGAAGAUGUCGAAGGAGCCAGAACCUUCCAAGAACAGCCAGUUGCUUCAGGAUCAGAAGAUGAUCUAAAGUCAAUCUCAAAGGAGACAGAAACGACGAGUAGUGUUGAAAGGAAGAAAGAGAAUGAAGACAUUGAAGAAGCAGAUCAAGAAGAGAAACCUGAGACUAAAGAUUCAUUUGCAUUGUCAGAAACAGCAAGCACUUGUUUCGGAACAGAAGGAGAAGAUUUGGUAACAGAAUACGAAGACGAAGAUACACCAAACUGGAGACAGAUGUUACCAGACGGCAUGGAGGAUAGAGAGAAGGUUCUGUUAGACGAAUACACAUCAGUACUAAGAGACUACAGAGAAGUAAAGAGAAAGCUAGGCGACGUAGAGAAGAAGAACCGAGAAGGGUUCUUCGAGCUUGCAUUACAGUUGAGAGAACUCAAGGAUGCUGUUGCUUACAAAGACGUAGAGAUUCAAGCUUUACGCCAAAAGCACGACACGCCAGGGAAAGAUUCUCCUUCUCCACAUCAUGUAGAAGGAAACAGCCAGCUGGAACAUGAUCAAGGACAACAGCAUGAGAGUGUCAGCAUCUCACCAACUUCAAACUUUUCGGUUUCCACUACGCCGCAUCAUCAAGCAGGAGAGGUGAAGAGAACACCAGCAAGGACUAAGUCUAGUGAGGUCAGGGUGAAAUUUGCAGACGUUGAUGAUAGCCCGAGAACAAAGAUUCCAACGGUGGAAGACAAAGUGCGUGCAGAUAUAGACGCGGUCCUGGAAGAGAAUCUAGAGUUCUGGUUAAGGUUUAGCACAUCGGUGCAUCAGAUACAGAAGUACCAGACAACAUUUCAGGAUCUGAAAUCAGAGCUGUCGAAGCUGAGAAUCGAAAGCAAGCAACAGCAGGAAUCUUCAAGAAGUGGUAGUAGCAGUAAGCACGCAGCUGCAUCAGAGGCAAAACCUAUCUAUAGACACCUAAGAGAGAUUCGAACAGAGCUGCAGCUAUGGCUAGAGAACAGCGCGGUUCUUAAAGACGAACUCCAGGGAAGGUAUACAUCGCUAGCUAAUAUCCAAGAAGAAGUCGCAAGAGUCACGUCUCAUUCUGGAGGUGGUAAAAUAAGUGACUCAGAGAUAAGUGGUUACCAAGCUGCAAAGUUCCAUGGAGAGAUACUCAACAUGAAACAGGAGAACAAAAGGGUGUCAAGUCAACUACAAUCGGGUCUUGAUCGUGUAAGAACGUUGAAGACUGAUGUAGAGAAGAUUCUGGGUAAACUGGAAGAGGAUAUUGGGAUCUCAAGUGCAACGGAAGCAAGAACAACUCCGAGCAAGAGCUCGUCGAGUGGAAGGACGAGGAUUCCAUUACGGUCGUUCUUGUUCGGUGUUAAGUUAAAGAAGCAUACAAAACAGAAGCAAGCUUCAGCAUCCCUCUUCUCUUGUGUCAGUCCAUCUCCAGCUCUGCAAAGACAGUCUAGUUACGUUAGGCAACCUGGAAACCUCCCUGAAUAAUCUCAUCAAUCAUCCGUCUGUUAUUUUACCUUUUCAGUUCCUUUUUUUUCUAGCUUUUAUGUCAAAUCAAAUCAAACUGUAUCUUCAUUCUUUCACUGUAUCUUCGAAGUAUAUUUAGAUUCGUACUAAUUAGUAGUAGUAAGUACUACUGUACAUCAUCACAUUCUUGUCUUAUUCCUAAGGAAAAAAAAAACAUUAAUAAAAGCACUAAAACAAUGCAGCAAAUAAAAA